CGUGAUCCGAGGGCUAGACGGGUGUUGCCCUAGUGACCCAGAAGGGUCUACUGAAGUGACCCAGUCUCUGUAGUACUCAGGCAAUAAAGACCGAGCAGCGGUGGUCAAAAAAACCUGGAAGGCCUCUAGGCUGCAGUGACGCGGAACGUUUUUUUGGCCAGAAACCGAAAGAAGAAAUCGGAAGUGACGUCGCGGUCAAAACAAGCCGGGGUUUGGGGGCCUGCAGUGAAUCUGUGGCCGCAGAUGGAAAGGCCCGACUCGCUGUCGGCUGUCGAAGAUUUUUCAAUAUCUGAAUUCCAGGAGCACAGUGGAUACCACUCCUAUAAAACAAAGAGGAAAUCAUGAAGGAAUGUUUUAAUUAUUGAAACUACAGUUGAAAUCAUGGCUACAUCAGCAAAUCUGGAUAUUGGAGCUCAGCUGAUAGUGGAAGAGUGUCCCAACAGUUACAGUCUAACUGGCAUGCCAGACAUUAAAAUAGAACAUCAGCUGGACUCGAAUGCAGAAGAAGGAUCAGCUCAGGGUGUUGCCAUGGGAAUGAAAUUCAUAUUACCUAACCGAUUUGAUAUGAACGUGUGUUCUCGAUUUGUGAAGUCCUUAAAUGAAGAGGAUAGUAAAAAUAUUCAAGAUCAGGUUAACUCUGACCUGGAAGUGGCAUCUGUCCUAUUUAAAGCUGAAUGCAAUAUCCAUACAUCUCCUUCUCCGGGAAUUCAAGUAAGACAUGUCUACACUCCCUCUACAACAAAGCACUUCUCACCCAUAAAACAGUCAACUACUUUGACCAACAAACACAGAGGAAAUGAGGUCUCAACCACACCUCUAUUAGCAAAUUCUUUAUCUGUUCACCAGUUGGCUGCUCAGGGAGAGAUGCUCUACCUAGCUACUCGGAUUGAACAAGAAAAUGUUAUCAAUCACACAGAUGAAGAAGGAUUUACUCCUCUGAUGUGGGCUGCAGCACACGGGCAAAUAGCUGUGGUAGAGUUUCUACUUCAGAAUGGUGCUGAUCCCCAGCUUUUAGGAAAAGGUCGAGAAAGUGCACUCUCAUUGGCCUGUAGUAAAGGCUACACAGAUAUUGUCAAAAUGCUGCUUGAUUGUGGAGUUGAUGUAAAUGAGUAUGAUUGGAAUGGAGGGACACCUUUGCUUUAUGCUGUACAUGGAAAUCAUGUUAAAUGUGUAAAAAUGCUCUUAGAAAAUGGAGCUGACCCAACCACUGAAACAGACUCUGGGUAUAAUUCUAUGGAUUUAGCGGUAGCCUUGGGCUAUAGAAGUGAACACACCUUGAACGAGAACAGAAUCCAGUAACUUGGACAAUCACUAAGUCAGUGACAGACUAAAUUUAAGUGCACUAAGUAUUGCAUUGCAAUCUUACCAUCCUCAGACAAUGAAUAUAUAUUAUUGGGCAUAUAUCCUCAGAAUAGGAGGAAUACCUUUAUUUUAAGGAGAAGUUGAUGUUAAAUUGAAUUUGAUAGUUCUGUGUAAAAUUCUGUGAUCAACAUGCAGUGGUCUUGAUAACCUGUCUGUUUCAGUUCAACAGGUCAUUGAAUCACAUUUACUGAAGCUGCUUCAGAAUAUCAAGGAGUAGACAUAGUCGUCAGGAAGUGUUGUCUGCCCUUCCAUUUACUUUUCGGCUCUUAUAAAUGAUAGUUUUGUUUACUUAAAUAUUUUUACCUCAGUUGCAAAAUUUACUGGUUUUAGUAAGUUUUAAUAUUCCUCUGAGUAAUUCACUGGUUUAUAAUAAAAUUAAUGUUGAUGCUUUUUUAUAAAUGUGUUUUACUGCAUAUUUAAAAUUAUAAAUUAAUGUUUUGUGGCAUGUAAAUUUUUAUGGUACAGAUAGUUAUCUGUCUUUGUAUCAAGUGCUGUAAUUUAACAUUUUCAAAAAUUGUUCUACCCUGUUCAUCUUCACUCUUGUAUUAACUCAUUGACUUCACACAGGUUUGCUAUAAAUCUAAAGGAAAAAAAUUUGUUAUUGUUGAAUUUAAAAAUGCACAGUGUGAUUGUUUACAAAAUGAUGUUAUAAAUAAAUAAAGUACUUUUG